AUGCAUCUGUUCGAUAAAUUACGAGCAAGUUUACGACGAAAACCACAUAAAAUUGAAUUAACAUUAUCUCAACAAAUUGAAAAAUUACUUAAUCAGUCAAAUGUAGAAGAAGGUGAUCACCGUUUACGUUUACUUAGUUUAGUUUAUGAACAUCGUUCAAGACAAUUUCAUUUACUUAAUGUACCUCCAGAUGAUUCUAAACGUAUGGAAUUUGAAAGAUCGAUGCUUAAAAGUCUUCUUGCAAUUACGUCUUCUUCCUCUUGUUCAUCAUCAUCAUCAUCCUCAUCAUCAUCAACAUCACCAUCAACAAGAGCAACAGUAAACGAUCGAAUACAAUCGACUUUUCAACGAUCAUCUCGUCUUUAUAAAUCUAUGCCAAUGGCGACCUCUGAUUUACCGAUUAUUAUUAUAGAAUUUGGUCAACAGCGACAACGUAUUAAAUUAAAUAAAUAUUUGUUUAAUAUAAAUGAAUUAUUAGAAAUAUUUUCUAAAACAUUUCAAAUAUCAUUCAAUUUAAAUAAAUAUGAUAUUUUAUUAUUUAAUAAACGUCUUGAUUUAUUAACAAAACUUGAUUUUACUCAAUUAAAUAACUAUCAACGUUUUAAAAUACAAAUAAAUAAUAACAAUCAGACUGAUAAAUGCCACUCAUCUACGGUCAAAAGUGAAGAUGAAUUUACUUCAUUAAAACAACGAAUAAAUACAGCCUCGACGGAAAUCAAGCAUGUUUCUUCUUUAAUCAAUUCUAUCUGUAAAAAUUAUCAAAAUCUCAUUAAAACGCUGAUCAAUGAAGAAAAUCAAUCAAAUGACAAUCAUGUACAUCUAUCUGUUCCACCUGGUUUUAAACCAUUAUCAAAACUUAAUCAAAAGCAUUUGAAUAUAUCUCCACAAAAUUCUCAAAGUACUGAUGAAGGUAUCGAUCGUGAUGUUGGAAGUAUAUCCGUAUUUGAAUCAGCUCAUAGUGAUUAUGAAAUUGAAAGUGUUUACCUUGAAUGUCGGGAAGAUUUAACAAUUAUUAAUGAACCGAAUCCAAUAUCGAUAAAUCAUAAUAGUAAACUUGAAUGGCGUAAUCAACCAUAUCAAUAUCGUCCUCAAUGGAACAGUAAGAAAAUCCAACAUCAACCGAAUUAUAAUCGUGAUCAAUUUGGUGAUAAACCUCGUGUAAAAAAACCUAUUAAUAUUAAUAAAGCACCACUACCACCGGAAAAGAAAAAGAAUAUCCCAUGCAAAUAUGCUGCUGGUGGCAAUUGCAAACGAGGAAGUCAAUGUCGAUUUAUUCAUGUUGUUUAA